AUGACGAAAAAGUCUGAACAGAAUACCAUCCAGUCGGGUGGCAGUGUUAAUGUCACUCCAAUAUCGAUACCGACUUCAACAAGUACCACGACAUCAAGUGGUAUUGUUAUUGUUCAACAGCAACCUAUCAGUGAACAACAACAUUUCUUAUUGCCCACAGCAAACAAUGUAGCACCGAUGAUUAUCACUACACCUUUAGCUGUUCCUUCCAUGAUUACCCAACAACAACUACCGACAACAACGAUUGUCCAACCACAAACAGUAGCAGCUGCUACCAGUACUUCAACGACACUUGCUGCACCUUCAGCUGCUACGACUCCCGUUGCCAACAAUACAACAGUUCAAAAUAAAGCAACGAAAUCGCCGGGCCAAGAUCGACUUGUUUGUAGCUUGUGCAACAAAGUCUAUCGGUCAUCUGCUGGUCUUCGAUAUCACAAGAGAAAACGCCAUCGAGAUGAAGGUAUGCUUAAACCAACUCAACUGCAUCGAGUACGGUGUCUUGAAAAUGGGUGUGCUUAUCAAAUGUUGGCCAUAUCUGAUCUGAGAAAUCACCUAGCUAAUCAUCAUCUCAAAACGGAUUACAAAACAACGGAAGAAAAGAAAUUCAAUUCGUUUGCUGAAUUUACUGAAUGGAAAUCAUCAUUCGAACAAAGUAGUGGCUCGAAAUAUGUGAAGAAUUGCGGCUCCAAAGGCAAAUCUGAGAAUCAAACAACUGAAUAUUAUUAUUGCAAUCGAACAGGACCAUAUAAACAAAGUCGGCAAGGAUGGCGUCGAAACUCCAAAACUACUGAUUCACUUCGUUGCGGAAUUCAUUGUACUUCCUCGAUGAAAGUUGACAUCAGUCGUAAUGAUCAAGUAUCCGUACAGUAUUAUCCUGCCCAUUAUGGUCAUACAGCCGAACCACCAUUACAAGCUCCUUCAUCGUCCUCAACUACAAAUACGGUUCUACCGACAACUAAUGGUGAAUUAGUUGAACAGUCAUCUGUGCAACAACAAACUAUUCCGCCCAUUCAAACAGUCGUACAAGCAGCUGUUCAACAACAAAUACAAACAACGACGACAGAUCACUGUGUUAGACUUCAUCAUCAACAUCAUACGCAAACAUCGAGUAUUAUUAUCAAUAUUGCGCCAGUGAAUACAACAAUUAUCAAAUGCGUGUGA